AAAUGUUUCUUCUCAUCUUUGAUCAAACCAAGUCUACAAGUCCCGACUGCCGAACAGGACUCAUCUAAAUAUAUGUUCUUGGUCAGUUUCUUAAAACCCUAAACCAUGGAAGUCCUACCACUCUAUGAGCUCAGCUACUCUGAUCUCCUACUUGUGUCGUCAAACGAUGUUUCACCGGAAGAGUUUGGAAGGGUGGAGUCAACUAGGAAAGCUAUAAUGGAUGCUCUAGGGCCGAUUGGCCCAGGCCUGCUGUCCAUCACUGAAGUCCCGAACGCCGCCGCUCUCCGCCGGAACCUCCUCCCUCUGGCUCGCAAGCUCGCCCUUAUGGAACCCAAUCACCGCAAACUCAUUCUCAAGGAUCACAGAUUGGGGAGUGAUGUGCCUUUGAAAAACCUAGAGAGAAAUGUUUCAUCUUUCGCUAUGCAAAUCAAGUAUUCAAAUGAUACUGAAAAUACCCAAUUGAAUUCAGAGCAUGAAUUUGUGAGUGGAUAUGAGGAUCUUGGAAAUGCGUUUAGAGAGUUAGGAGUUUGCAUGGUGGAACUUGGUCUUAGAUUAGCUAGAAUUUGUGAUAGAGCCAUUGGUGGCCAAGAACUUGAGCAGAGCUUAUUGGAAUCUGGCAUUGCCAUAGCUAGGCUUAUACACUAUCAUUCAGUUCUAGAGAAAACCUUAUUGGUUCAGGAAGCUAGCCCGAAAAAGGGUGUUAAUUCGAAGAGGAUCCGGACUGGUGAUGAAGUUAAACUGUCUGAUGGCGAUGAUUUUAGUAAUCUCUGGCAACAAUGGCAUUAUGAUUAUGGGAUUUUCACUGUGUUGACAGCUCCAUUGUUUGUAUUGGCUUCUAAUGCACAAGCACCAGAAGAAAAGGAGCAAGAAUGUGCUUACCCACAUGGGCAUACUUAUUUGCAAGUAUUUGAUCCAAGCAAGAACAAUGUGUUCGUGGUGAAGGCUUCUCCCGAGAGUUUUAUCAUUCAGGUUGGAGAGUCAGCUGAUAUCAUAUCGCGAGGAAAGCUUCGUGCCACCCUUCAUUCGGUUGCUAGGCCUUCCAAGUUUGAACAUCUGAGCAGAGAAACUUUUGUUCUGUUCUUGCAGCCUGCUUGGAACAAAACAUUUUCAACAGAAGAUUAUCCCAUGAACCACAGUAGGCUAACUGAAGAAAUACAGAAAAUUGUACCACCUCUGGCAAUGCGAUUGAAGAAUGGGAUGACAUUUGCAGACUUCUCGCGUGAAACCACCAAACAAUACUAUGGUGGCACUGGUUUGCAGUCGAACAGAAAACUGGUCUAGCAAAUUUGUACUGCUAAUUCUAAUUUCAAUCUUUUCAAA